UUGUCAGAUUAUGAUUUCAAUUUUACCAAAAUAUCUAAAUUUUUUAGACUUAAAAAUAGUUGAAUACUUUUUGUUGAACAUCAUGGAAAGUGAUUUUCUUUGCACACAAGCAAUUGACGAUGAUUUGGACGAAACUCAUGAUGACGAAUCUCAGUCUUCUGACGAAGAUGCUAGGAAGGAAGUUGCAACAUUAAAAGUGUUGCCAAAUAAGAAAAAUGGGAUACCCGCCAUUGAGUUUUUCAUCUAUAAUGAAGAAAAUGUUGUAGGUCGCCACACAAAUUGCAACAUUUCAAUUCCAUGGAGCAUUGCAUUGAGCAAGCAGCAUGCAGUCAUAGAGGCUGUUUCAGAUACAUGCUUCGUCUCGGACUGUGGAAGCAGUAACAAUACUCGACUGAACAAGGUGAAGCUUACACCUAAUGUAAAGUAUGGACUUCGUGAUGGGGAUCAACUUGUCUUUGGUGAUGUACAAUGUACAUUCGUGCAGAAGCGUGAUGAAUCUACUGCUGAGUCUGCGAGUGGAGAACCUUUUACAACUCAUGCCACUACCAGCAAGCUACCACCAACAUCGAGUACUCCAGCAAGCAACAAAACUCGUAUUCUUGCUACAGAUACACCAGAAAAUUUGACAUAUACAAGUAUACAUGCUAAACUGGAUGAGUCAUCAGCCACAAUCCCAGAAUCUCAACCAAUUUGUGCAGAUACACCUUCCACUGUUAAUCAUAGAUUUCAAGAAUCUGUCAAUGGAAAAGCAACAGCUUCUACUUCAUCUCCACUUCCGAUAUUUAACUUGGAUGAAACCAUAGAAAAGGCUCAGUCAAAUGAUGGACAAAUAACAACUUCAGGUGGUGCUGAUUUACCCGCAAAUGUUUCUCAUGUGCCUGCCAGUGAUGCUAGCGAUGAUGAAACAGAUUAUCAUGAAGAUAGCGACACAGACAUAGAAGACAAUGCAACCAUUGCAGCUUUCACAAAUCAGAAAGGCGAUUUAGUAUCAGAAGAUGUUUAUGAAGCUGAUACGAUCGAGUUGACAAGUGGAAGAAGUUCUCAAGUCUCCGCUGAUACUAAUGAUAAAAACAAGGAUUCUGUGAAACUUAAUAUCGAUAAUAUUUCUGAUAGUGACACUGAAGAUGAAGAAAUGUCUAUGAUAAAAGAUCUGGAUACACUUCAAACACAGAUGUUCUCGAUUCCAUCUAACAAGAAUAAGACAUCUCCAUGUCCUGAAAUUGACAUUCCUGGACCAUCCUCUAAAGCAGAGAAUCCAGCUGGUUCUACUCAUUCCUCUGACACUGAUGAUGAAGCCAUUUUAUCUGUUAACUUGGAUUCUCUUGCAUCCGAAGGCAUGGAGGAAGAAGCUGGAGGUGUUAAAGAUGUUGAACAGGAUAAUAAUGAAUCAAAUGAUGAUUCUUCUUCUCCAGUAAUGCGUGAUGCAUUUGAUGACUUAUGCACCCAAGGAUUCUCAGGAGGUGCAUCACGGAAUAUGGAAGACACUUUAGGCAUGAUGGAAACACAAGGUUUUGGUGCCAAUCUUGUUUCAGAGGAAGAUGAGGAUGCAGAAGAUGAAGGAAUGGUAGAUUCUAUGAUCUUCAACAUGGCUACACAAGCAUUUCCAGGAUGCAUGAAAAGCCCUAAGUCUGCAACAAAAUUAUCUGCAAAGGAGCGAGAUGUUCCAAAGCAGGAGCAUAUGCCAGAUGUAGGAGAUUCUAUUAUUCAAGAUUUAGGAGAAUCUACAAUACCUUUAGAGGAAGAUGAAAAUAUGGAAAUUUCAACUAAAGAUAGAUUAGAUGAUUCUAUACAACCUAACGAUUCUUUAUUGUUACAGAGCUCUACUAUCAGUGCAGAUGAAAACUCCGGAUUUAGUGCGGCCGUUAUUAAAAAUGAACAGAGUGGUCUUUCGGAAGUUACAAUAGACACAGAACCCUUCGAUACCAUACCCCUAGUUACUAAAGAAAAAAAUAAACCGCAAAACGACAGCGAUGAUGUUACUCUACCUUUAGUUAGGUCAAAUGAGACGACUGUGGAUGCAUCCAUGUACACAGAGCUAACACUUGAUCCUACAUCGUCUGUGGAUCAAGCAGAUAGUGAUGGAAAUGAAAAUCUGUUGAAUCGCACUCUUAAUGCAUCUUCUAACAGAGAAAGCGUUGCAUGUACUGCGACGACCAAUGAAGCGAAUCAGAAAAUAAACAAGGAAAACAGUUAUAAUGGAGAUACCAUUGUUCCAUCAACAAACGUUAAUGUUCCUGAUUCUGAGAAUGAUGAUUUUCUUAUACCAAAGGAGAAUUCAAAACAGAAUAAUAAUGAAGGCACCAUAUUACCUGAAGCUACUUUGCAGAUUAAUCUCCCACCAAAGAAAGAUGACUCUAACGAGUCCGAAAUACAAUCAAGUUUUCAUAAAGAUCAAUUGUUGGAAGAAGAGAAUAUUGAUGACCAAGAAACACAAGUUUAUGAUUUUGAUGAUCUUGAUGCCACUGAAAACGAUGAAAUUAAAGGUGUUUCGCCUUCAGAUAAAAUAGAAGACAAUGAAUGCGAAACUCAGGUUUAUGAAAUGGAUGUAGAUAUGUCUGAAAAUAUUGCGGCAUCAACUUCUUCUGAGAUAGGCCAACAAGGAACUAAAAGUACAGAUUUGCAAUCUUCUGAAGCUGAACCAGCAAAUGUUCAUUCCAAUGUAAAUUUACCUUCAAAUGUUUCAAAAAAAUAUACGAAUAGCGAUACCGAUCACACAGUUUUCACGAGUGAUCAGGAUAUUCAGGGCAAUUCAAGAGAUUUAUCUGAUAGUGUGGUAAUAGAUGAGAAUAAAAAUGUUGUCAAAGAAAGUUUUCAUCUUAAGCGAGAUUAUAAAGACGGAAGUACAAAUGUAGAAGUUGAAAAUUCGACUUCUUUAUUGAUCGAGGAACCUGUUGUUGACAAAAAUCUGGUUCUACAUGGAAGGAAGAUGGAUUCUGCUAACUGUCAUAGUCAACAAGAUAACGACGAAGCUAUGGCUGCGACGCAGUCAUAUAUUUGCCCUUCUAAUUCUGUACUUGAAAAAUUGUCAUCAGUUCCCAUUGUAAUGAAUAAAGAGGAAUGUGAAAAUGAUAUUACGCCGACACAAUCUCAUGCUAUAAUACAGACUACCAGCUUUAAAUCAAAAAAUUUAGAAAAUUCUGAGGAAAUUGAGCCGACUCAAAGGUACAUUAAAAACAACCCAUCUCAAAAAGAUGACAUUACUGAAGAAAAAAACAUAAAUCUUCAUCGUAUAGUAAAACAAAAUGAUCAAAUGGAAACCCAAUCAUAUGUUUUACAACCAUCAUCUUACUCAGAUGAUAUCAAUCAGGAAUCACAUUCUGAGCUCUACAAUGUCUUACAUGCUGUUGAGGAUGUUGGAACAAAAUCGGCAAUUAAACCUGUCACCACUAAUAAUAAAACUAAACCCAAAAUUAGCAGAAGACAGAAUUCUAGAAGUGCUUCAUCGACCUUGACAAUAGAUGCUCCUAUAGAACCUGUACGGAAAUCGAGAAGGACUUCACGAAAAGAUUACGCUAGUAUAGCGAAAGGAAAAGAAGAUAAUACUGAAACAUUGUCUUCUUUGAAAGAAGAAAAAAAGACAAAGAAAUCUCUCAAAUCUGAUUCGAAAAAGAAAACUGAAAUGAAGGCAACUGAAAAACUAUCUACAUCCAUGACCGUUUCCGAGAACACUACGUUGACAUCUGUUGAAGAUGACAGUUCAGUGAAUCCAAAAACAAGAACUACCAGAAAGUCACAGUCUAAAAGAACGGAAUCAAAAGAAAAAGAUGAAGUGAUAUUGAACAAUAAUGAACCGGAAAAUACUGAAAAUCGAAAAUACAGUCAGGAUGCCAUCAAAUCAAAGACAGACUCAAUUGAGCAACCGUCUCCAUCUUUGCCAGUUUCUGAAAACACUGCAUCGACUGAAUUUACAGAAAGCAUCAGUUUUGUGGAACCUAUGACAAGAACCACAAGAAAGUCACGUUCAAACACAAUAAAAUCAAAAGAAAAGAAUGAUGUGAUAUUGAACAACAACUCAAACGAGCAAUCAUCAACAUCUUCGCCAGUUUCUGAAAAUGCUGCACCGACUGAAUUUACUGAAAGUAGCAGUUUUAUGGAACCUAGGACAAGAACAACCAAAAAUUCACGCUCCAAAAUAAACUCCAAACGCAGCAAUGAGGUGCUGUUGAAUGGGAAUCAACUAGAAAGUAUUGGAGGUGGCAAAUUCAGUAAGAACUCAGAACUAGUUUCAAUAGAAAAGCCAUCUUCGUCCUUUUCAAUUUCUGAGGAUGCUGUUGUGACCGAAUUUACUGAAAAUAGCAGAUCAGGGAACCUCAAAACUGAAAGUUCAAAAAAAGGUAACGAACCUAACCAUAGUCGAACAAAUGAAAAUGCUCAAGUGAAGUCGAGUGUUGCAAACAUUUCGACCAAAAGCAGUAGAAAAACAAGGAAUAAAGUAGAUGAAAUCAAAGAAAACAUUAAUGCUAAUUUACCAACAUCUUCAAAAGUCAUUAAGGAAAAAACAACUCGGGCAACAAGAAUUCAAAAUAAAGUUGCUGGAGUAGUUUCAGAAAACAACAUAGAGGAUGAAAAUGGCGACAUACAUAUAGAGGAGAAAGAGGCACCAGGAUGUAGCAACAUCACUGAAAAAGAUGCUUUUGAGGCUAUGACAACAAAACAAACCAGAAAUACAAGAGCUUCAAAAAGUCAUCAUAUGGUUGAUGAAGUACCUAGCUCUUCUAACAGAAGAAUAAGCGCAAGAGCAAAGAAAAAACAGGAUGAUGUCACUGUUAAACAAGAGCGUGUUACCAGCAAUGUUACUGCUGAAUCAACCACAUCUUCAAUAAAUUUGCCUCCUGAACCUGCUGCAUCUGCAAAACCUGUUGUUGGAAAAAGAAAACGUAGAAAAGCUUCAAUGUCUUCUAAUUCAUCUACCUCUACAACAUCUUCAGCAACAAGAUCACAAAGAAAUUCUGCUAAAAAGGUGAAAUCAGAAGCGUCAGUGGAUUCCGAUCUUCAACAUGCUGUUGCAAUGGCUCUCAGACCUAAAAAAUUAAAACCUAAAGUGAUGUUUACAGGUGUUUUGGACAAUGUUGCAGAAGGCAUUGUUGUCAGUCUCGGAGGAAUUCUUGUCACAGAUAUCAGUGAAUGUACCCACCUUGUUACAGAUAAAAUGAGAAGAACGAUCAAAUUUUUAUGUGCUCUUACAAAAGGAUUACAUAUUGUAACAUUAGAAUGGUUGCGAUCAUCUUCACAACAACAAAGAUUUCUACCCGAAGAAGAUUUUGAAUUGAAGGAAGAUUUCCAACUGCCAAAUGGUGAAUUUCUGCAAGAAAAAUACAAAUUCAAGCUAGGAGAAACUUUAAAAAAGCAAGAGAGAGUGAAUUCCCACUGUUUCAUAAUUUCAACGUUUUUGUUGAUGCGAAAUGUGUCUCCACCACCCGAUCAAAUGCAUCAAGUUUUAUUAUGUGCGGGGGCUAAAAUCCUACCAAGAAUGCCUUCGUCUGGCAGGGAAGAAAUAACUCCGAAUACAGUGAUCAUUGCGACACCCUGACAAAAAAGCAUGUGCAAAUGCAGUAAAAGCAGGUUGCCGCGUCGUCACAAACGAAUUUGUACUGACUGGCAUUCUACGACACAGCGUCGAAUUUGUAGAACACGAACUUUUCGAUUCUUGCUCUAAUCGUAAUGUUGCAGUUUCGAAUAUUAAGAACGAGAUCUCUAAUUACGCUGAAUCAGAUUCUAACUUUGAAACUAUGAUUUCACCAACUAAUGGUGAGACAUCGUCCAGCAAUACUGGAGCAAGAUCUAAUGACCUUGAAAAAUCAUCAUCUACUACCACAGGAAAAAGAUCAUCUCGAAGGUCAAAAAAGAAAACUUAUUCGUGAGAUCAAAUGCUGUUGUGUUUUUGACUUCGUUUUAGCAAUUUUAAUGUAUGUUUUCAUCAUCUUCUGCAAAAAUGGAUUUACCAUUUUAGAAGCAUUUUUCCAACGAUAUUUCCACAUCUUUAAAUGGCAAUCAUCCAAUAUUUUAAAAAUUUUUGAAUUCAGAAGUUAGCUUUAGUUUGUUCAUUUCUUCCACUAUUUUUAAUCCUUUUUUUCAACUCACCAUUACUCUGUUUGUUUAUAUGGGCCAAAUGCACUGCAUCUUAACACAAUAACACUGCCAAUAGCUUUGUACAUUUUUUUCAAUAAAUAUUUCAUUUGUUA